CUCCAGUGCAUUCACCCUCACCAACCACUAGUUUACAAGUCACCCCCACCACCUUACCACUAUUCCUCACCGCCACCCACAGUGCAUUCACCUCCACCACCACCUGUUUAUAAGUCACCUCCACCACCUUAUCAUUAUUCGUCACCACCAUCUGCAUUGCUUUCACCUCCAUCAUCACCAGUUUACAAAUCACCACCACCAUCUUCCCCAUAUUCAUCUCCUCCUCCUCCUUACCAUUAUUCCUCACCACCACCUCCUAUGCAUUCACCCCCACCACCGCCAGUUUAUAAGUCACCCCCACCACCUUACCACUACUCCUCACCGCCACCUCCAGUGUAUUCAUUUCCACCACCUUUGCCAAUAUACAAGUCUCCGCCACCACCUUACCAUUAUUCCUCACCACCACCCCCAGUGCAUUCACCCCCACCACCACCAGUUUACAAGUCUCCCCCACCACCUUACCAGUAUUCCUCACCACCACCUCCGGUGCAUUCACCACCACCUCCUCCAGUUUACAAGUCCCCGCCACCACCUUACCAUUAUUCCUCACCACCACUUCCAGUGCAUUCACCUCCACCAUCACCGAUUUACAAGUCUCCACCACCACCUUACCAAUAUUCCUCACCACCACCUCCACUGCAUUCACCUCCACCACCACCGAUUUACAAGUCACCUCUACCGCCUCUUCCAGUUUACAAGUCUCCGCCACCACCUUACCACUAUUCCUCACCACCACCUCCGGUGCAUUCACCUCCACCACCACCGGUUUACAAGUCACCUCCACCACCUCCUCCAGUUUACAAGUCCCCGCCACCACCUUACCAUUAUUCCUCACCACCACCUCCGGUGCAUUCACCUCCACCACCACCGGUUUACAAGUCACCUCCACCACCACCUCCAGUUUACAAGUCCCCGCCACCACCUUACCAUUAUUCCUCACCACCAACUCCAGUGCAUUCACCCCCAUCACCACCAGUUUACAAGUCUCCGCCACCACCUUACCAUUAUUCCUCACCACCAUCUCCGGUAAAUUCACCUCCACCACCACCGGUUUACAAGUCACCUCCACCACCUCUUCCAAUUUACAAGUCCCCGCCACCACCUUACCACUAUUCCUCACCACCACCUCCAGUGCAUUCACCCCUACCACCACCUGAUAGGGUAUAA